UUGAAGAGGGAGAAAGAGUUGUGAGCUACUUUCUCCUCCUUUCUCCUCCACAGCUUCUGCUCUGCUAAUUUAUCUUUUCGUCGCGUGGGUGUGUCUGUCUCUUUCCCAAAACCCGUGGUUGAAGAAGAGUAGACAAACAGUGAAUCAGUUGUUGAUGGAUGUUAAAAAUAACAUCGUCCUCGUGGUCGACUCAAAUCGAACUCAAACGGUCGACCCCUUCCUCCUGCACUCUUAUUCCUAUCAUGGCGCUUCUCCAUUUCCCGCGCCUUCUCUCCUUUCCUUCCUCUUUCCAUUCGAUGCCCACCAGGAGUGUGCGGUGCCGUAUCUUUUCGGUGGCUGCAACGCCAGAAGGUGAUACCAGAAGAGGAGCCAAUAAGAAGAAUGACAACGAUGUCGCCCUUGUUUGGUUCAAGCACGAUCUCCGCUGCGACGAUCAUCCAGGCCUCGUUGCUGCCUCUCGUCAUCACACUGUCGUUCCUCUCUACAUCUUCGACCACCGAAUCCUCUCCCGUUUAAAUGAUGAAAUGCUAGGAGUGGUUCUCCUUGCCUUGGAAGAUUUAAGAAAAUCGCUCAAGGAUCAGGGCUCUAAUCUUAUGAUCAGGUUCGGCAUUGCAGAAAAUGUCAUAGGACAGCUCGUGAAUGAGGUAAAAGCUUCCAACGUAUUUGUGGAGGAGGAGGUGGAAUAUGACCUUCGCCGAGUGAUCAAUGUCGUUAAAGAUUCAGUAUCGUCCAUGUCCUUUACAUGGGGGAGCCCUCAAUUUGUGAUUUGGCAGACUCCGUUUUAUGAUAUUGAGAACUUGAAGGAGCUUCCUUUGUCAAACCGCGACUUUAGAAAACUUCGGUUGCCUGUCACUGCUCCGGUUGUGUCCCCAUCAUUAACUGGAAUAAAUAUGGAAUUGGACUGGGGUACCUUACCUACAUUUCAUGAAGUGAAGGCUUUUAUCAAUGGCAAUCCAUGCAAAUUGGAUGAGAGUUGGACUUCAGUUAAAGAUAUUUCAGCUAAAGAUAUUUUAAAGAGAGGGAAAACCAAUCAAUCUAAAAUGUUAAAUGAUCCGAAUGGAAGCUUGAGAAACCCAUAUCCAAGUGGAAACAAUCAAAACAAUUUGAAUUCUUGGAGCACCCGAAGAACAGAAAAUUCUGUAUUUAUCUCAAGAAAUUCAAAUCUAAUAGGAGGUGGGACAAACUCCGUAUUGAAUGCAUUGGCUGCAUAUUUGAGGUAUUUGGAGGGAACAAGCAGAGAUGAUUGGCAGGAGGUGCACGACAAAUUACGUAAUGCUGAAAGUAGGAGUGGAGCUUCAUUUGUUGCUCUCUUUGGGCCUGCCAUUUGUCUUGGCAUCCUAUCAAGAAGGAGAAUAUAUCAUGAAACCAUCAAGUAUGAAAAAGAACGUAAUGCAGGAUUUCUAUCUCCUUUUGGAUACUCAGCAGCCACAAUUGCCACAGCAGUUGAAACUGUCUGCUCAAUGGAGUGGUAUUGGAUUUUGGCUUUGAAAAGCCAACUAAACAGUGAGGCAAGAUAUUCUAUCAGGAUAUGGAGAUGGAAUGGCCAUCUGAUUCAGUACACAGUUGUUGGUCAGCAGGGUCCUUCUGUUCUUCUUGUACAUGGUUUUGGUGCUUUUUUGGAGCAUUACCGUGACAAUAUGCAUGACAUAGCUCACAGUGGAAAUCGAGUUUGGGCAAUUACACUUUUAGGGUUUGGCAAAUCAGAAAAACCAAACCUUGUGUACACGGAACUCAUGUGGGCAGAACUGCUAAGAGAUUUCAUUGUAAAUGUUGUGGGUGAACCAGCUCACCUUAUUGGUAACUCAAUUGGUGGCUAUUUUGUUUCUAUUGUUGCUGCUCUUUGGCCUGCUUUGGUGAGGUCUACUGUCCUCAUUAAUUCAGCUGGUUCAGUCAUCCCAGGCUAUUCUUCUAUCCCAGUCAUGGAAGAAAGGCGUACUUCAGAGGCUGCAUGGCUAGGAAGCCAACUAUUAUUAUUGUAUUUGAGAUGGAGAGUUGGAGACAUUUUGAAGAACUGCUAUCCAACAAACACAGAGCGAGCGGAUGAUUUUCUUAUUGAGGAAUUGACCAGGGCAUCAUAUGAUCCCGGUGCGCUAUCAGUCUUGGAAAGUGUAUUCAACUUCAACCUCUCAAUUCCUCUUAAUUAUCUCAUAGAAUCCUUUGGAGGAAAGGUCUUGAUUGUACAGGGAAUGAAAGACCCUCUCUCCAAGUCUGACUUGAAACUUUCAAUGCUUAGGGAGCAUUGCGGUGGAGUUGCGAUCAGAGAAUUAGAGGCAGGCCAUUGUCCGCAUGAUGAGUGUCCGGAGGAAGUAAAUCCCAUCAUAAGCAAAUGGAUAAAAACCAUAGAAAGCAACCUCUGCCUUUGCCCCUGUUGAUGCUCUCUCUCUCUCUCUCAUUUUUUCCUUCGUGGUAAUUGCAAUACCACUCAAGGGUGUAAAAAGAAUUUACUUGUUAAUAUGAGUUCUACUCGUAUUACGUUAUACA